CGAGGAGUUUCCUGUUUCCCCCCGCAGCGCCGGGUGAAGUUGAGUGAGUCACUCGCGCGCCCGGACCGACGACAACCCCGCGCGCGCACACGCCCGGGGCAGGAGCCGGCCUCCUGCGCAGCUCCCCUCGGCCGCCGGGGGCCUCCCCGCGCCUCGCCGGCCUCCAAGCCCCCUCUUUGCUGCCGAGCCGGCGCCACAUCUGGCCCGCACAUCUGCCUGGCCGGCUGGGCGCGGGGUCCCGAGAGGGCGCGACGUGGAGGUGCAGCCAGGGGUCUGGGAAGGCGCCGGCUGCUGCGCUCUGGGCUCGGUCUAUGACGAGCAUCGGGGUCUGCCAUGGGUCGGGGGCUGCUCAGGGGCCUGUGGCCGCUGCACAUCGUCCUCUGGACGCGCAUCGCCAGCACGAUCCCGCCACACGUUCAGAAGUCGGUUAAUAAUGACAUGAUGGUCAAUGACAGCAAUGGUGCUGUCAAAUUUCCACAGUUGUGUAAAUUUUGUGAUGUAAGAUCUUCCACCUGUGACAACCAGAAACUCUGCAAGAGCAACUGCAGUAUCACGUCCAUCUGUGAAAAGCCACACGAAGUCUGUGUGGCCGUCUGGAGAAAGAAUGAUGAGAACAUAACACUAGAGACCGUUUGCCAUGACCCCAAGCUUGUCUACCACGGAUUUGUUCUUGAGGAUGCUGCUUCUCCAAAGUGUUUUAUGAAGGAAAAAAAAGUGGAUGGCGAGACUUUCUUUAUGUGUUCCUGUAACACUGAUGAGUGCAAUGACCACAUCAUCUUCUCAGAAGAAAAUUCCACCAACAACCCUGACUUGUUGUCAGUCAUAUUCCAAGUGACAGGCGUCAGCCUCCUCCCACCACUGGGCAUCGCCAUAGCCGUCAUCAUCACCUUCUACUGCUACCGUGUUCACCGGAAGCAGAAGCUGACCCCGUCCUGGGAGACCAACAAGCCACGGAAGCUCAUGGAGUUCAGCGAGCAUCUUGCCAUCAUUAUGGAAGACGACCGCUCCGACAUCAGCUCCACGUGCGCCAACAACAUCAACCACAACACGGAGCUGCUGCCCAUUGAGCUGGACACCCUGGUGGGCAAAGGUCGCUUCGCCGAGGUCUACAAGGCCAAGCUGAAGCAGAACACUUCGGAGCAGUUCGAGACUGUGGCAGUCAAGAUCUUCCCUUAUGAGGAGUAUGCCUCCUGGAAGAUGGAGAAGGACAUUUUCUCAGAUAUCAAUCUGAAACAUGAGAACAUCCUCCAGUUCCUGACGGCCGAAGAGCGGAAGACGGAGUUGGGGAAGCAAUAUUGGCUGAUCACCGCUUUCCAUGCCAAGGGCAACCUACAGGAGUACCUCACGCGGCACGUCAUCAGCUGGGAGGACCUGCGCAAGCUGGGCAGCUCCCUGGCCCGGGGCAUUGCUCACUUGCACAGCGACCACACCCUGUGUGGGAGGCCCAAGAUGCCCAUCGUGCACAGGGACCUCAAGAGCUCCAAUAUCCUGGUGAAGAAUGACCUGACCUGCUGCCUGUGUGACUUCGGGCUUUCCCUGCGUCUGGACCCCACACUGUCUGUGGAUGACUUGGCCAACAGUGGACAGGUGGGAACUGCCAGAUACAUGGCCCCAGAAGUCCUUGAGUCCAGGAUGAAUUUGGAGAAUGUCGAGUCCUUCAAGCAGACAGAUGUCUACUCAAUGGCGCUGGUGCUCUGGGAGAUGACGUCUCGCUGCAAUGCUGUGGGAGAGGUGAAAGAUUAUGAGCCGCCGUUUGGUUCCAAGGUGCGGGAGCAUCCCUGUGUCGAAAGCAUGAAGGACAAUGUGUUGCGAGAUCGGGGACGACCAGAAAUUCCCAGCUCCUGGCUCAACCACCAGGGCAUCCAGAUGGUGUGUGAGACUCUGACCGAGUGCUGGGACCAUGACCCUGAGGCCCGCCUCACGGCCCAGUGUGUUGCCGAGCGCUUCAGUGAGCUGGAGCACCUGGACCGACUCUCGGGGAGGAGCUGCUCCGAGGAGAAGAUUCCGGAAGACGGCUCGCUGAGCACUACCAAAUAGCUCUCCCAGGCCAGACUGGGCCAAGUCCAAAGAGGCCACCCCUGUCGCCAAAGAAGAGAGGCAGCAGGAAGCUGCCCCUAAACCGAUGCUUCCUGGAAAACCAGGGGUCACGCCCCUCCCUGUAAACUGUGGGAUUGAGCGGAAACAGCAGUGGCAGGGAGUGGGUGACAUGAAGCAUUCUAUGCCUUUGACGUUGUCAUAGGAUAAGCUGUGUUAGCAGUUCCUCAGGAAAUGAGAUUGAUUUUUACAAUAGUCAGUAACAUUUGCACUUUAUUAAUGCCUGUAUAUAAAUAUGGAAUAGCUAUGUUUUAUAUCUAUAUCUAUAUAUGUCUAUAUCUAUAUAUACAGCCAUACUCUGGAAAGAGACAAGGAAAAAGAUCAAAUAUUCCCAGGAAAUUGGUUUGACUGGAGAGCUCCAGAGCCGAGCUCAGAAGAAGGGAUCCAUGAAAACAUUAGCACUUGACAAUCACACGUGAGAUGGUUCUCUGACUACACACGAGGGGGAACUUUGCAUUAGGAGCGAGCCUCCAUGUCUCAGAGACUGCUACGGCCACGUUGCAUUCGCUUUCGCAAAAUAAUAGUUCCCUGCGUGUGGGUCUUCUUCCGGCCACGGAGCUAUUUAUAGUCACCCUGUUUGGGGACCAGACCCUGCAGUUCCUGUGUGCCAUUGUUUCUCCUGGACUGUUCACCUGAGCUUCAAGCCCCACAUCUGGUUUGUGAACCACUUUCUUCCACUCGCUCAGAGACUUUGCUCCAUGUCUAAUAGUUUCUAUGUUUUGAGCCCUGUUUUUACCUUAACAGGCUGCAGAAUAUUCAGGACAAAUUUCCUCAUCCAUGAAAUGGCCAUACCUUCUACUAAUAAAAUAUAUGUAUUAUGUAAUAAAAGUAUAUAU